AUGGCUUUGGAAAGCAGCAACAAUGGUAGCUGUAGAUCGUUGAAAAUUGUUUCUUUGGUGUGGGGGUGUGAGCUAACCAAGGAGACACCAACCUACACCUUUGAAGUCCCAGAGGACCGGCACUAUAAGCAGCAGUUGGCUUUGAGAACGAUCUGCCUCGGGGAAAAAGCCAAGGAUGAAUUUCAUGUGGUGGAGAUUGUACCCCAAAAGGACAGCAAGGAAUCUGCUCCAGUGUGCCUAGCAAACCUGAAACUUUCAGUUCUCCCAAUGAUCACCACUCUAGGACUUGAUCUAAAUCCACCUGUCACAUUCAGACUAAAGUCAGGGAGUGGGCCUGUCUACCUUUCUGGACAGCAUAUGUCAGCUUUCAACGCAUGGAACGACAGUGAAGAGGAUGACGAGGAGGAGGAAGAGUCCUUGGAAGAUGAAGAGAUGGAGGAAUCUUCCAAGGAAGAGUCUCCAGUGAAGCCUGUCAAGGCUACAGAGUCCAAGCGUUCAGUUGCAGCAGCCAAGAAGGGGUCUGAACUUCCUGCUCAAGAGCAAUCUCAGGAGGUGGAACAGGAAUGGAAACAACUUGGCACUACUUGA